AUGGAGUGGAAAAAGACCCUUAGCUUCACAGACCGUUUGAGGACCAUCCAGUCUCUGACUACUGCUUACCAGCAAGCGUCUUGUUCUGCGGCAUUUGCCGAAGCACAGUCCCAAGCUCGAAAGAUUGAGAGCGAGGCAUACGAACAAGCUGGGUCCAAGGAAGAGUAUGAUCAAGUCUGCCAGCAAGCACUUGAUGCAGCAGAGGUCACCGUGUCAAAGACAUUCAAGAGUGAUCUAGACGAUGACACAAACGUCGCAAAUCAAGGGAAUGGCGAGCAGAUUGGGCCGUACCAAAACUGUAUCCAUGUCUUUGACGGCCUUCAUUCCACGAUCUAUAAAUCCUCGUCGGAGAGCGGCGCUCUCGUUGCGCUGAAGAUCACGACCCCUCAUCUACUAGAGCCGCCACACGACGCCCACCGCGAGGCUCAACUCUUGCGUGAGGCAGCUAACGAGCACAUAAUUCCCUUAUUAGAUACAUUGAAACUCGAUGGGGGCCGGUUCGGCCUCGUGUUCCCAUACAAGAAGCAUGAUCUUGAAACUCUCUUCCGGCGGGACGUGUUGACCGCCGCGCAGACAAAAUCUGUCCUACGCGACAUGUUCAGCGCAAUAGCGUCUAUCCACAGUCUAGGAAUCAUACAUCGUGAUAUCAAGCCGUCAAAUAUUUUACUCGACUCUCCGAGCGGGCCAGCGUAUCUCGCGGAUUUCGGAAUAGCCUGGAGAGAAGGGAGUAUUGAAGCUGAACCGGCCGAUAAGAAGAUCACUGACGUCGGGACCACAUGCUAUCGGCCACCGGAAGUCUUAUUUGGCCAUAAGGGUUACAACACGGCUCUCGAUCUUUGGGCGGCAGGGUGUGUCGUCGCAGAGGCUAUUACUGUUGGACACAAACAGCUUUUCGAUGCCGGGCCUGUCGGAAGUGACCUCUCACUUAUCCAGUCUAUUUUCACUACUCUGGGCACUCCAGAUGAGCAGACCUGGCCGGAGUCUAAGAAGCUUCCGGACUGGGGUAAAAUCGAAUUCUACAAAUAUCCAGCUAAGCCUUGGGAUGAUAUUCUACAGGGGUCAUCUUCUAAUGGUCGUGACCUUGUCAGCAGACUGGUGUCGUACGAGAGCGGCCAGCGUCUCUCUGCUGCAGAGGCUCUGCAGCAUCCGUAUUUCUCUAGCUCGAAAAAAUCUACAACGGCUGUCUAAUUUAGGCUUCUGCCGAC